GGCCCUCGCAGGUAACUGGCUGUUCUGUUUGAACGGUCAGUGUUCAAUAUACGCUAUACACUCUAGGUGGGAGCUAUAGAAAUUUGCGUCGCAUCGCAAGGCUACAUCUCUCAUUUUCCGCCCCAUCCGGUGUCGUAAGGCGAGGCAACAUUCUCAACUUAUAAGCUUUGUCCAGCACCCAAACCCUCUUCCAUUUGUUUACAGGAGGAAGAUACAAGGCCGAGAAGGGGAGUGGGCGCUGUUGGUUACGAGAUGCUGGGCACAUCUCUCAUAUCUCUCGCUUUAACGAGCUUCUCAUUUGUGAAUGCCCUCAAUCUCAAUCAGCGCGAUGUUCCGGCCAUUGUCGAGCUGCCCAUUGAGCGUAAGCAAGUUACUGGUGGGUUGCAUAAAAGAGAUUCGACACUCAACUUGCCUCUGUCAAAUUAUUAUUAUAGUUUUUAUAUUCUAAAUCUGACACUGGGAACGCCCGCCCAGCAGUUUUCGGUGGCGUUAGAUACUGGAAGCAGCGACCUAUGGGUGAAUAUCCCCGACUCGUCUUUCUGUUCGUCUGAUAAUGAUCCGUGCGCUCCAUUUGGCGUUUAUGAUACCCACGCAUCCUCUACAUACAAGAACCUGGAUAUUGAUUUCAACGCAACCUACGGCGACGGCACAAAUGCCCACGGUUACUAUGCGACUGAUAAACUUACCCUGGGUGGUGUGAAGGUUGAUGAUAUGCAGUUUGGUGUUGCCGAGUCAACUACAGUCACACAGGGUAUCGUCGGUGUAGCCUAUGAGGCUCUUACGAGUGAAGCAUCACAUCAAGGCAAAAAAUACGCCAAUCUCCCACAAGCCCUUGUCGAUAGUGGUGCCAUCAAAUCACCCGCAUACAGCCUGUGGCUCAACAAUCCCAAAGCAAGCCGAGGCUCCAUCCUCUUCGGCGGCGUUAACAAGGCCAUGUACAAGGGCAUUCUUCAGACUGUGCCCAUUGUACCCCUUCAUGGGCAGUAUUCCUACUUGGCUGUUACCCUGACCGGUGUUUCCGUGGAACACGGCAACGAGCCCACCGAUUACUCCUCUCAACUUCCCCUGGUGGUAUUACUCGAUUCGGGCACGACCCUAACAUAUCUGCCUGAAAAACUUGUCAACCAGAUCUACAAGGAGUUUGACGCUACCUUCCUCAGCGAAGACGGGAUCGCUUAUGUCGACUGCGACUUGCAAAAAAAGAAUGCUCACGUAGUAUUCAGCUUCUCUGGGGCGACUAUCAGCGUUCGAAUUAGCGAAUUAGUCCUUGAAGCCCGUGCACCCAACUUCCCCAAGAACACUUGCGCCUUCGGCAUUGUCCCCGCUGGGAAUAGCCUAAACUCCAUGUAUAUCUUGGGAGACACUUUCCUUCGAAGCGCAUACGUUGUGUAUGACCUCGCUAACAAUGAGAUAUCCCUCGCCAAUACCAAUUUUUCACCUACCAAAGAUGAAAUCUUGGAGAUCGGCACGGGAACCCGCGCUGUGCCCGGUGCCACCCCGGUAGAGUCUCCCGUCACCUCAGCCACAGUUUCGUCCGCCACCGACCUUGUGCAUACCGUCACAAUCGACUCCGAUGUUACUGGCUCCGACUCUACGGCUGGGAAGACAUCUUCCUCGAGAGGUUCGGCAGCAUUGCCGACAAGCAAUACGAGACAACUUCUCUCUGGCCUCGCAGGCGCAGGUCUUCUCCUUGCACUCUAAUGAUUGUUUCUUUCCCUUUAGCGCGUUAUAUACCAGACCAUGACCGAUGUUAUGCAUUGCAUGAUUGAUAGCCUUUGUCUUUUUCUAGAUAUUGAACCAUAAUGUCAAACCAGAAACCAAUGUACAUAUCAUAGAUUCAUGAAUGAAAGCGGUAAUCACC